GUGAGUCGUUUUUCGUGUGUUGCGGGUGCAGAAUUGCUUGUGUACUGCAGCGAGUUGGUGACAGAGACGGCAGAAGAAUGAGUCGCAGACAGAAGCAUACAACGAGGCAGGCACUUUCUGAGCCAUACCGUUCUCCACUAACUCGAGCUGAAGAAAGAAAGUCUCAGUGCGUAGCAAAUACGCUUUUGGAACAAGAGUGUCCUGCAGCCCAGUUGUCAAAUACUGGACCUACAUUGGAUCUACCAGGAGCGGUUUGUGAGCCUGCAGAGGCCGAACGUCCUACUGAAGACCUAAUGCCGUUAUGUGAUGCAGACGAUGAAUCAGAGAACCAGUAUCCUGUGGAACUCAGCACACUGGACACAAUUCAUUUCGACGUUUGGCGCUCAGUUCUACUGCUUAUGUUGUCCGUCAGAGACAUCAUCCGACUGUGUCAAGUAUCACGUCAUUUUCACGGAUUACUCAUGAACGAGGAAACAUUCAAGUGGCUAUGUGUGCGCCGGUACGACAUGAGCCCGAACGUUCACAUGAACAUCAGCUACAAGACCAUCUGCAGAAUACUCUACACGGCUGUGUCAGUGGCACAUUGGAAGCAGGUUACUUGGAACAGUCUCGCAACAGUGUACACUACGUAUGUCUUUCCAGGAGACAAAAUAUUCAGUCUCCAAAGGUUGCUAUAUUGUCUCCCAGUUUUCAGCGGAAUUAUGCAACAACAAGAGCAGCCAGACGAAACCUAUAUCUUUGACCUGCCCGGUUUUAAUGCCAAUCCAUUUGUUACUGGCUAUGAUGCAAAGAGGAUGUUCCUCAACUUAACAGAAAAGGAUCUAGUUCAACGGUAUACUGGUCCUACUGUUGUCAUCUGGUUCGAACGAAAAUAUGCCAUUAGCAGCCUGAAGGAGAUGGAGUUGGCUCGAUACGGCUCUGUAGAGACAUACCAAGCUGCUCUACUGAAAAAUCUAUUUGAGAAAUUACCCAAACUAGAAACGUACUUAGUCUACCAUCACCGUUAUGAGAGACUGUGUCGUGUUGCUGACUACCUAUUCAAAGGUGGUAGGCAGACAUUGGAACUGUAUAUUUACUACGGCAUUGUAGACCGCGAAAUGAAGCGUGAAAACCUGGGUAACGAGACCACUGGUAGCUCCGAAUUCAAACGUCGGGCAAUGAUUGAAGUUGCAAUGCUUUGUAAGUACGAUUCCGCAGUGAAAGCGUACAUCGAAGAGCGUCUUUUGAUGUCAUUCGAAGACUACUGCAGCGCCUGUGGAGAAUACUACAAGCAGGUCAAAGAGAAACUUGACGUGCGUAUGUGGUGGAAUCACCAGAGGGCUCUCUUUUCAGGUUUUGGCAACUAUCUUGCUUCACAAUAUCCUGACUACAAGCUAUGGAACAAAGACGAACUACUUGAAGCUAUGGCAGAGUAUGGUAACACACUGGAGAUCUAGGCAAAAACAAGCCUUGGAGCUGCAGUGAAGCGGAUUUAGAGUCACUAUCACUAUCAGUGGACAAACCUGUCUGUACCAGCCACGCAUGCUAUCCAAGUAGGUGCCCCCAGUGUCGUAACCAAGGGGAGGGCAGGGGGAAUCCGGGAGCAGAAGCCCCCUUUCCACCCCAUAUCAAAGUGUUCUAUAUAGGACCAGGUGAUGCACUCAUGUUGUUGCCAGCGUUAGAGUCGUCAUAGUCGUCGCAGCUAAUGUUUUUGUAUUUUCUUUUUCCACUGUUGUUGUUUUGCUGUUGUUGUUGUUGUUGUUGUUGUUGUUGUUGUUGUUGUUGUUGUUGUUGUUGUUGUUGUUGUUGUUGUUGUUGUUGUUGUUGUUGUUGUUGUUGUUGUUGUUUUGAAUUCUUUAUUCUCACGGUUAUACCAUCGCCAAUAGAUGUUGUUGUUGUUGGUGGUGUUUUUGUUGUUAUUAGUGGUGAAACGAAUGUCAAAACCUACUAUCCGAAUAUUCUUCGGCUUAACGAACGAAUGAACGAAUAUUCUUUUGGUAACAGAGAUGACAUCACAUGCCCUCCUCCCAGUCAUUUGAUGGAUAUUGUCAUUA